AUGUAUGUCAAGUGUGGAACGCAGACAAGAACUAGAUAUGUUAGUAUCUCCAGUUUGGUGGGAGCCGUAGGAGGAAAACUUUGCAAAUGCCUAAUUGGCAUGCAUGGUUUCACUGGUUGUGACAAUGUGAGUGCAUUCGCUGGAAGGGGAGAGAUAACAGCCCUACGACUUGUCAAGCAGCAGAAGUCCUACGAGGAAUUGUUUAAGCAGCUAGGGAUGGAAUGGGUUCUUUCGAAUAAGCUAUUUCAGAGCCUCCAAGAGUUUACAUGUAAGCUCUACUGCUCUCAACCAGGCACUGAUAACAUCAAUGAGAUGAGGUACAGGUUAUUCUGCGCCAAGAAGGGUAACAUCGACUCCACUCAGUUACCACCACAUGCUGACUGCUUGCUCAAGCAUGCUUCUCGAGAAAACUUCCAAGCAGUCAUUUGGAAGCGAAGUCUGCAACGCUGCCCUUUGACACCCACGCCCAGCGGUUCUGGCUGGCGGGAAGGCGGCGAUAACUUUGCCAUUGACUGGAUGAGCGUUGACCCAGCCCCUACAGCCGUGCUAGAGCUACUGUCCUGCUCAUGUGCAAGGUCCUGUCAACUUCCUACCUACUGUUGCCUAGAAAAUGGUUUGAAGUGCACCGAUGUGUGA